CUUUCUGAUAAACUUACGUUAACCACUUACCUACAUCUCCAUAAUAAUCUUAAGUUUAUGUUGAAUUCUUGUCUGUUAACCUUGGGUUAAGAAUUUGCCUGGGCUCAGUUGUGUGCUCUAGAUUUCCCGUCUCUUUUAGAUAGCGCUCCUUGAUUUAGAGCCCCUUUGAUUGCUGGCAGCAGGGUCUCCAACCCCGGCCUAAACUCAAGCUUCACCCUCCCCACCUACCCUAUUUGAGGUCCCAGUCCACACAUGUCUCAGAGAGACUGUUAAUUCUAAGAUUGCAAGGCAAGAGUAUUCCCGGGCAUUGCAGACUAAAUAUUUCAGGUUUUGUGAGAAAUUUUCAUAACUCUAUGCCAGAAAUGUUACCCGAAAAAAAAUGGUGCAUUUGCUGCAGUGAUGGAUGAGUCGGAUGCCCCAGCAAAAGGUGCAUUCUCAGCAGCAGGCCGCGAGCUCACUGCUCCUUGUCCUUUGCUGAUGGCUUCAGGACAGCCUGCUGACAGCUGCUGAAGGACGAGGAGUAUGCUGCCCAUGCAUACUGCAGUUCCUGCUCAUUUCAUGUUUGCAGACUCAAAUUUGCUGAAUUUGCAAAACCCAGCCAGUUUUGCUCACCAGUGGGUGUGAGGAAAAUGAUAUUCUUUUUCACUCAUUAACUGAGAUAGGGAAGAAGAAAUAGGUUUGUGGAGAGGGAGGAAAAAGAUUUAAGAAAGCUAAAAGAAAAUCAGAACAAGAAAACUCAGAGGCAGGGAGAGCCCAGAGGAGAAGGAAUUCGGAAAUGGCAGGCUUAGAGCCUUGGGGCAGUCUAGCUACUCCUCGGAUAUUUUAUGCAUGUGCCUUGACCAAUAAAGAGAGCUGGAAGGAAUGCACUAAUCUCUGCCUAGUAGAUGCAGUUUUAGGAUUCUUUGUAAUGUUGUUGAAUGCUCUUACAAUUUUGAAGUCAUAGAUUCUACCACAUGAGGAGAAAGUCAUCUUCAUAUUGAAAAUGUUGAGAAAAAUUCUCUAUGAGACAAACAUGUAUUCUAGGGCGAGAUGGGGGUAACUGUUUUGCAGAUACUUUAUUUGUAACAUUGUAAUUGAUUUUCUCUGUUUCAGCAGCACAGACCAGGCAUUGUUGACAUUUGUUUUUAAUUCAAGUGCUUCACUUGUAAUUUUCCUCAUGUUCACCCAGCAGUUACUGCAGAUGUUUCUGCUUCAGUUCUUUUCUAAACCAUGCUGAAAGAAAAAGAAGUGUGUAUCUCUAAGCCACUAUGUCACAUUGGUGGCUUACUAGCUACGGAAUUGCUUUUCUAACGAGGAUGCUAGGAUGUGACUUUAUUUUUUUAAUUGCAUUCUUCAUUUUGUUGAGAGUUUCUUGACUCUUCCAUUAUUAUAAAGUGGAAGGUCUAUGAAGUGUUAACUCGGACCCUAUGUCGAAGAGCUUUGGUGAGAAGGCAGAGAGGACACGUGAGUUUGCUGGGUGUGGGAUGCCCUGGUGUGUGGGUAUGAUUCUCUUUCCUUCUGUGUGGGGUACGGCAGAUGAAGCCAUUUUGUGGCUUUACUGCACAUUGUCUUGGCCGUGUUUUCCAGAGCAUCACACUGUGCCCCUUUGUUAACUUGCUAGCCCUCCCUUUUUUCUUUCCUGUUUAAUGAAAGGCCCUCCUCCGUUCAUUGGCCCCGUGCCUACGGUAAUGUGAAACAGGCUGUUACUGGGUUUUGUUGGUGCUAAAGACUGCUUUCCAGAUGCUUCCUUGUAGGGUUGAGUUGCCUUUUUUCAUUGAGAUGAUGGUUUUCUUUGAGACAGUGGAAUUAGCAGGAAUUUCAGACAGAACACAUCUUUUCCAUAAAUCGUUAGGAGGAAAAAUUGACCUUUCUUCCUGUAGCGCGCCCUGCGAUGUGUAGGCUAUACCUAAUCAAAUAUUUAGAGCUUGGUUGGUGUUCAUUUUCUGCUCAAAUGGAGGGAAAGAUUCUCCGCCCAACCCCUUCACAACUGGCAGGUACUUCUGGGACAAUGAAAAAGAAGACAGACUUCCGGUUUUGUAACUGAGUAAACUAAGUUAGUGAGUGGAUUACACAACCUUCACGAAAUAGCUGGCUCUUAGGAGUUGUGUGCUCAAGGCCUCUCAAGCCAAUACCCAAAGGAAGUGAAAUUCACCCUCAAAGUGGGUAUCAGGUGACAAACUUUGCAUCUAUCACCUGUCCUCAAGCCUUCCCCUUUGAGUCAGCAAGCCCUUAAGUAGCAAAUUCUUACCAAAUUCCACCAUGUGCCUUGCUCUUGGGCCGCCCAAGAUUUGCCAUACCUACUUCUUCUGUGUGGGGUCUUCCCCACCUUCAGAUUGUUGUAAGCUGCAAAGACUGUCCACCUUAGAUGCAGACACAGCACGAGCUCUGCUAUCAGGCGGACCCACCUGUUGGCGUCAGGAGCUACUCAUGCAAAGAGGGCAGGGUCUGAUGUGAUUUGUGGGUGUGCUCCCGGCUGCACAGUCCCAAACCUGCCCACCCGCGAGUCAGCGAGCCUUGUGAUCUCCUUUAAAGCCUUCCUUUUCUGCUUAAGGCAAUCCAUUGAUCUUGGUUACUGCCACGAGCGUCUCGACUGAUAGCUGGUGUGGUGCUUAGCACAUCAUCGUUCCUAGUCCCUGAAAUGUUCCCGUUUAAUUAUGCUUUAAAGGGAAUAUUAACAUGCAGUUUUGUUACUUCUUCAUAGUGCCUUGUCUGCCUUUCUUCUUGUUAGACACAAUUUAAACAAUCUGGGUGCAUAUUUAAAUGUAAAAAAAUGCAUUUUUAAGUAUCUGUAGUACAGUACCAAAUUAAAUUACCUUAGUAGUGAGAUAGGUCUCAUUUUUUAGUAUUGAAUGAUCUUCAUCUUUAAAAAUUAUGUGGAAGUUGUUUUUCUUUAAUUUUACUCUCUGCUUAGCUCAUGAUCAAAAAUGGGGAACUUUAAAAAAUAUAUGUUAAUCCGCUCAUGUUUUAACUGGGAUAUUUUUGGUAAAUUACCUUAUGUGUUGGAUAUGAGAGAGGGUAAUAGUGAUCUUGUUCAGCUAUAUGAUCCAUUUAUUCACUAAACAUGGAUUAAGCACCUUCUCUUUACUCCCAGCAAACACAGGUGUGGCCCGGGCCUGGUAGAGCCCCAGUCCAGCGGGGCAGACAGAUAAUAGUUGGGUGAUUGUAAAUCACCAGUGUCCCAAGCAGUGAGAGGACAGGACCUCCGAGCUGAAACGCCCCUUGGGGACCUGUGGCAUCAUGACUUCUGGGGCAGUAGGCUGAGCAGCAACACCAGCCACAAGUCCUACCGACCUCUCACCGUCCUGACUUUCAGGAUUAACUACUAUUUGUCCGGAGGCUUCCACCCUGUGAGUUUCCACGUGGUCAACAUCCUCCUGCAUGGUGGCAUCUCUGUCCUCAUGGUGGAUGUCUUCUCGGUGCUGUUCGGCGGCCUGCAGUACACCAGUAAAGGCCGGAGGUUAAACCUGGCCCCGAGGUCAUCCCUGCUGGCCGCACUGCUGUUUGCCGUGCAUCCAGUGCACACCGAGUGUGUUGCUGGUGUUGUCGGCCGCGCAGACCUCCUGGGUGCCCUGUUCUUUCUGUUGUCUUUCCUUGGCUACUGUAAAGCAUUUAGAGAACAUAACAAGGAGGGAACACAUUCUACCUUCUGGGUGUUGCUGAGUAUCCUCCUGGGAGCACUGGCCAUGCUGUGCAAAGAACAAGGGAUCACCGUGCUGGGGUUGAAUGCCGUUUUUGACAUCUUGGUGAUAGGCAAAUUAAAUGUUCUGGAAAUUGUCCAGAAGGUACUACAUAAGGACAAGUCAUUAGAGAGCAUUGGCGUGCUCAGGAAUGGGGGCCUCCUCUUCAGAAUGACCCUCCUGGCCUCGGGGGGAGCAGGGGUGCUCUUCGUGCGCUGGAGAAUCAUGGGCACCGGGCCGCCGGCGUUCACCGAGGUGGACAACCCCGCCUCCUUCGCGGAGAGCAUAUUCGUCAGGGCCAUAAACUAUAAUUACUACUAUUCAUUGAAUGCCUGGCUGCUGCUGUGCCCCUGGUGGCUGUGUUUUGAUUGGUCAAUGGGCUGCAUCCCCCUCAUUAAGUCAGUCGGUGACUGGAGGGUAAUUGCACUAGCAGCUCUCUGGAUCUGCCUAAUUGGGCUAAUACGCCAAGCCCUGUGCUCUGAAGACAGCCACAGAAGAAGGAUCCUUACGCUGGGCCUGGGAUUUCUCAUUAUCCCAUUUCUUCCUGCAAGUAACCUGUUCUUCCGAGUGGGCUUUGUGGUUGCAGAGAGAGUCCUGUACCUCCCCAGUGCUGGGUACUGCAUGCUGCUGACUUUCGGAUUUGGAACUCUCAGUAAAUACACGAAGAAAAAGAAACUAGUUGCUGCUUUUGUACUGGGAAUUUUGUUCAUAAACACACUGAGGUGCAUGAUUCGCAGCGGCGACUGGCGGAGUGAAGAGCAGCUUUUCAGAAGUGCCCUGUCUGUGUGUCCUCUCAAUGCCAAGGUUCACUACAAUGUUGGCAAAAACCUGGCUGAUAAAGGCAAUCAGACAGCCGCCGUCAGAUAUUACCGGGAAGCUGUGAGAUUAAAUCCCAAGUACGUUCAUGCCAUGAAUAAUCUUGGAAAUAUCUUAAAAGAAAGGAACGAGCUACAGGAAGCAGAGGAGCUGCUGUCUUUGGCUGUACAAAUACAGCCGGACUUUGCUGCCGCCUGGAUGAAUUUAGGCAUAGUGCAGAACAGCCUGAAACGGUUCGAAGCUGCUGAGCAGAGUUACCGGACAGCAAUCAAACACAGAAGGAAAUACCCGGAUUGUUACUACAACCUCGGGCGUCUGUAUGCAGAUCUGAAUCGUCAUGUGGAUGCAUUGAAUGCCUGGAGAAAUGCUACUGUGCUGAAACCGGAGCACAGUUUGGCCUGGAACAACAUGAUCAUACUUCUUGACAAUACAGGUAAUUUAGCCCAGGCUGAAGCAGUUGGACGAGAGGCACUGGAGCUGAUCCCUAACGACCACUCUCUGAUGUUCUCGUUGGCGAAUGUGCUGGGGAAGUCACAGAAAUACAAGGAAUCUGAAGCUUUAUUCCUCAAAGCAAUUAAAGCUCAUCCAAAUGCUGCAAGUUACCAUGGCAAUUUGGCUGUGCUUUAUCAUCGUUGGGGACAUCUAGACUUGGCCAAAAAACACUAUGAGAUCUCUCUGCAGCUUGACCCCACUGCAUCAGGAACUAAGGAGAAUUAUGGUCUCCUAAGAAGAAAGCUAGAGCAGAUGCAAAAAAAAGACGUCUGAUCCUUUUUCCUUCAUUUUUUGAGUUUGUGCGUGUUUGCAUGAGGCAUAUCUUUAAUGUUAUGUGGUUAUGUUUAACCAUUUAAAAGUCUUACUUGUUUAUUUUAUUGGGUUUUUUUUUCUAGGAAAACAAAGACAUGCAAAAAGAUUACAGCACCAGCAAUAUAAUCUUGAAUGCUUGAUGUGGUUUUUGCAUUGAAAUUGUAUUUUUUCAGACAACUCAAAUGUAAAUUGUAAAAUUCCAAGUAUGAAGUCUUUUUUAAUUAAAAAUAAAAAGAGAAAAAAAUUAUCUUGAGCAACUUCAGUAGAAUUAAACCUGCAUUUGGGAUGUGAGCUGUGUUGUCUAAAGACUAGUAUUAUUAAACCUCGAUUGUGAACAAGAAAUGACAAACUGACUCCUACAAUUUAUAUAAAUAUCGACUGUGUCUGUAUAUUAGAAUUUUUAUUUAAUGACAAGAAAGUAAAUUAAGAGCUUUGGUUUUUUAAUCUUUUUUUAAACAAUAUUCUAUGAACUUCAUUUGUAAAUAAAUAUAUUUAUUUGUAUUUUUAUGUUUUGAACAGGGCAAGUAAUUGAACGAAGAAUGGAAAUUUUAACAUCUAGUAUAUUUAUGUACUUUCCCCCUCAUAGGAAGAAAUUCACUCCUGCAGUGUUUUUUGGCUUCUCUAAUGUGUGCAGUUUCGUAACAUAGGAAAUCAUGUGGUAGUCUCUGUAAACUGUCCCUGUGAAUAGAAAAUUCCAGCAAAAGCAGGCAGCCUGAUGUCUUUGUUUCUGUUACAUCCGGUAUUAAGAGGGCUACACAUCUGUGUAAGUUGCUUUUUUAUGUUUUUAACUGUAAAGCAAUUUUCCACUUGGCUUAAUGGAACUAGUCAUUACUAUAUCCGGAAAAUGCAAAAAGUAAAUUGUCUCUCAAAAGGAGCCACACUUAGGGAGUUUGUGGUAUUUUUAAGAAUUGGAUUAUUUUUCCUGAUUUAUUUAAUCAGAAUAAUCAUGUUUAUUUAUUUUACUUUAUCCCUCUGUGUAUGCUGUUGACCUAAUGAUUUAUGCAAUCUCUGUAAUUUCUUAUGCAGUAAAAUUAUUACACAAACUGAUAUAAAAAAUGUCAUGCUGCCUUGUUAUGAGAUGACUUUCAAGUUAGUGAACUUUGUGUCCUCCUUUCCCUUACAAUGAAGUCAAAGUGACCAA